AUGGGUGCUACCACUCUUGAGACAGUCGGGCUGUGGAAGAAAGUCACCAGCGACGGCUCUGACAGGCUCGAUACCGAGCUAUCUGUCGCAGAUUGGCCGGUGGGCGAGCACCAACUGCUUGCGUUGGCUCGUAUGGAUGCUCACUGCCGUGUCCUGUGUCUUAGUGUCGACUGGGAAACUGAAGCCACCAUGCAGGCUGUCACUGAGCAAGAGUUUGCCUCCCAGACUGUUAUAUCUGUUGUGCAUCGGUUGCGCUUUAUUGAGCGGUAUGACCGGGGGGCUCUUUUGAAGACUAGCCGUCUUGUUGAAUAUGGCUGCCCGAAAGAUCUGCUGGCGAGACAGUCGGAGUUUGGGUUGUUUUACCAGAUGCAGCAGAUGGAGUGA